AUGGCUGUUCCUGAAACUUCUUGCGUGGAAAAGCAGAGCAAGCAUACUUCAGAAUGCCUUCAGAAGGAGCUGAAACUGAACGAAUCUGAAUUCACUGUUUGUUUGUCUCGAGAUCCUACAGGGCUUAGCGCACGCUGCUUGGUGCACAGAACUUGGCUUGAGACUGUUUCGUCGUGUGGGAAGAUCUUUUCGUCAUUUCUCCGCAUUUCACUUGAAGAGCGUAAUGCCAUCUUUAGUCAGACCGUGAAGAUUGAGGCGCCUUUGCAGUGGGUUUACGUGAGCGUGAUACCGAAAGAUGCAACUGUCUUGCCUGGAUGUGUGGGACCUGUUCCCAACCAUGACGUGGAUGACAACAGCAAACGUUCCUUGCUGGGUUACGUUGACCAACUAGCGGCUUUAGAGAGAAGAAGAAUUUGGCGGCAAUUUGACCACUUUCGGUCUCACCUGAAUGACAGGAAUGAAACUCAACCAGUCACAGCAGCUUUUGUUUCUGAUUUUGUUCGGCACAUGUAUGGCGUUGAACUGAUGAAACUUGUACCAUGUGACUCACCAUCAAGCUUUGAUACUACCAGUACUACCAGUAGAAUUAUGCCGUGUCUGUGUCAUCCAAACAUUUUACCCUUAUUUGCUGCUCUUGAAGGACAGGAUGCAUUUUACCUGUUGCAACCAUAUAUUGAACAUACUUUACAUGAUCUCAUAUUCUUUACACCUGCAGUGCUAGUGAAUUCCAGUGUAAAGCAGCAGUUUUUGGUCUACCAACUGUUGCAGGGACUAGCAGAGGUACACAGCCAUGGUAUUCCCCAGAAUUAUCUUGACAUGUCAAGUAUUCUGGUUGAUGAGAAACUUUGGAUUAAAUUACCACCUCCUUCUCUUUUUAUUUCUGAGUCAAUGAAGGAAAGUGUCAAGAAAGUCCCACAUUUGUCUGAUUCUUUUGUGGAAACUAAGAGUAAAGAUGAUGUGUUGAACAACUCAGCACAGACUGACUUGCUGAAGUAUACAAAGCAGUGGCUACUUGGAGGGAUUAGCAACUUUGACUAUCUGAUGCUGUUAAACCAUGCAGCAGGACGUGAAGUAGGAAAUUUUAAUCACCAUGCAGUUAUGCCAUGGAUUAUGGAUUUCUCAGUGCCAUACGGUGGGUGGAGAGAUUUUACAAAGAGCAAGUAUCGGUUAAAUAAGGGUGACAGCCAGCUGGAUUUUACAUAUGAGGUCACAAGAAUGGGUUCUUCGGACACAUCUGUUGGUCUUGGUGUUCUUCCGCCUCAUCAUAUCUCAGACCUGCUUUCAGACUUAACAUGCUAUGUCUACUUGGCUCGACAAACGCAAAAAGAUGUGCUGUGUGCUCACGUUCGUCCUCUCUGGGUUCCGAAUGAGUACCCACGAAGUAUCCAGCGUAUUCAAAUUUGGACGCCAGAUGAGUGCAUUCCUCAAUUCUUUAUUGAUCCAUCAGUAUUUAGUUCUAUUCAUCCUGACCUCCCAGACUUGGAAGUUCCAUCAUGGGCUGAUUCUCCUGAAGAUUUUGUUCAUCAGCAUAUGGCUGCAUUGGAAAGCAGCCACGUGUCAGAAAAUCUACAUCAUUGGAUUGACAUUGCUUUUGGAUACAAAUUGUCUGGGACGGCUGCGCUGAAGGCUAAGAACAUUGUUUUAUCAUUAGUAAACCCUCAAGAAAAACCAAAGAACUGUGGAGCUGUACAAUUGUUUACAACUCCACAUCCCAAACGUAAAGCUUUUUUAAAGAGCCUUUCGCUUAUAUUGAGUGCUGAAAAAGGUUUGGCACACAGUGUGUUUGUCCCAGUGAAGUCAAACAGGUGCAUGUUUGUUGAUAGUGAUUCAGUUGUCAAAAUUAGGAAAUUUGAAGAGCAGACGAAGGCAGAAAGUAGUAAGCUGUCUCAUAAGAAUUCAGAUAGUCACGGUGUAGAACAGAUGAGUCCUAAAGAGGCAGGUACACCAGAAUUUGUUGUUGAAUAUCCAGCACCAGUCCUGUUGGACAGUCUGGCUUCUAGGACUUCUCCGGAGAGAGGCACGACAGAAACAGUAAAUAGCUCAAAGUCAGUAGAAGCGACAGCAACAACAGACACAUCGGAUUCUCGUUCCAAGUUGUCUACAUUCUGGAAGCAGAAAAGUGGAACUGCACCACCAGCUAAACAAUCACUAGUUAAUUAUGGGGAGCAUCUAAUUGAGCUUCAGGAAGACUAUAAUCCAUUGGUGCUAAUGGAGGAGCUUAAAUCAUUGGCAAAGUUUGGUAUUUCCUUCUUAGAUAGGCAGAAAGGAAUUGAACAGGUGCUUGUCGAAGGCUCAGACAUUACACAACACUGUGGUUUAGAUGAUCAUAUUCAUAAUGAUCUGUUGUCGGUAGCUACACUAAUUAUCGAGGUGCUGUGUUCUCAGAAAAUUGGUGUUAUCUUUCAGCAAUCCGAUCUUGCAUCCAAGAGAUCAAUUUACAUGAAGCUUCUACAAACUCGAGAGAUUCAGUUGCCAGGAUUUGCACUAGCAUUUGUCGAGAAGGUCUUUGCUGUGUGCUUAGAUGAGAAUGGGUAUUUUCGGCGAGUUGAUUCAUCUUUGGCUUUGGCCCCACCACGGCUGUUGGUGUCCGAAUUCAAUGAACAGCUUAUCUUUCCUCAAUAUUUUGUUAGUUUGUAUGAGUUUAUCAGUUUCUUGGUAAGCAAUGUGGAAGCAUCUGAGCAGUCGUGGACUCAGAACCCUGUUGAUAUUGCCCAGGAGAAUUUGCCAAAGAUAUUCCCAAUGCUUGAUGCAGAAGGAGUUGAUUUGUUGUUGCCAUAUCUUUGUCCUCUAUUUGAGCUUUCUGACACACGGUUUACAGCAACUUUGCACCUGUUUGGGCAAAUAUCAAAACGGUUGGGUCCACAUAAAACUACUGGUUUGUUUCUGAAAUCGAUAUCAGUGGUCAUGGAUCAUCCACCGAAUGCGGCUGGUCAUGCCAGCCUGAUGUUUAGACCAUUCAUACAGCAGCUAAUUAGUGGUUUUGGCUUACAGGUGUUUCUUGAGCGAUUUGUCUCAUUUUUGGUCAAUGCUUUAGUAAGAACUCAAGAAUCUGCUGUCAAAGGUGCAGGAGACACAAAAGUUGAAUCUGAAGAAAUAAGCUCUAACAGGCGGUGUGAAGUUGUCACAUUGAAGAGCUCUAUUUCUUUUGUUGAGGAAGUAGCAAGCAGGUCUAGCCAUCAGUCUAGCUUGACUGUAGCUGAUGUGCAAGAUGGGCUACUGAGUACUGUAGAUUCAUGUAUCCACCUGGAAGCAGGCAACACAGAUGAUGCAACAGACGAUGCAGUAGAUGCAGAUGGAGGUUAUUCUAGAGAACACCUUACCACAUUUUCUACUCAACAGAGUAAUGAAAACGUAGACGACACGACACAAGGAGAUAGCAAAGUUGAUGAUUUAGUAGAGACAGCUGUAGCGUGGUCUUCCAAGGUUGUGAAUACUACAUGUGAGCCACUGUUGGAUAGAUCGAAUGUUCAGCCAUCGGAGCUCAGAACAGUGGAUGUAACAAAGGUAGCUAUGGAUACUCUAGAAUGGCUGAUACAGUUUAUAGGACCUGUUCUCACAUCAGCCCACCUGGUGGUGCCUUUGCUAAAGAGUUUGACUGCUAUUCAGCCAGCAGGAGAUCAUUUUGUAAUGAAAAACUCUUCUAUUUUGAAUGUACUCAUGUCUAUUGUGGAUAUAUUUGGAAAGCACAUUUUUCUAGAGCAGUAUGUACGGUUUGCUGCUGAGACUGUUAAAGCUUGUGAAAAAAGAAUGACAGCUAAGAUGGAAGCAAGUCUGAGUGCAGUAAUUGUACUUAUGAGACAGUGUAUUGUGCAGUUGCCAGAUUCAACUCUGUAUAGUCAGAUGGAGAUGCUGUCACAGCAGAUCUUCCAACGUGUCAUUUCUAUUUUGUCAUCUCCUUCACUUUUAUUUCCUUCUGGAUCAAAAAUUCGACUCAAAAUCUGUCACGAGCUGCUAGACACAUUGCUGGCAAUAGGGAAUCAACUUGGUAGAGAGGAUGCACAUCUGGUUCUUACAAUACCUUUGCAGCAGUUCUUUUCUUCAUUUGAUCGUGUAAUACCUGCAACUUCUCCAGAUAGUCAUAGCUCAAUCAAGGCUGGUAUUAAGUACUCCAUCAACUUGAGACACGAACAACUUGGCAUUCACGAAGAGCCCAUCAUAGAUUCUGAAAUUGUACACCCUCACACUGAGGAGCACGUAGCUGCUAAUGUAUUGUCACAGUUGCAGGAUGUGUUUAGCCCCGAAUUGGCUCAAACAGCAUAUGUGCCGUUUUGCCAGUUGAUUGGACAAAUCAAUAUGAGACGAAUGCUGUACAAUGCUGACUUGAUAGAACAGGUCUCAUAUCGCCACAUUGAGCAAGAUCAACAGAAAUCCACUCAGAGACUUCAUCAGCCUAGACAAACAACACCGAGUAAGGAUGAUGCUAAAAAACUUCACUUGGUUGUUGUUGAUGCAACCCAUAAAAAUCCAUUACAACCGGGUUCAUCAGAUGAUGACUCUGAAGAGGAAGAAGAAAACCUGAAACAUAUGAAGUUUGGACCUACAUCAUGGUUUGUUCAUCUGAGUAAUGAUGUGACACCAAUUUCCACUGCUACAUCUCUUCAAGCAAAUGAAGCUGGCAUAGCAGAGCUGUCUCCAGGUUCAUUGACCGACCAACUGCUAAACCAGCUUGAAGCUGCUCGAAUGGACUUUAACCAGAAGGUGGGGUCUGGAUCUAGUGAUCGUGGAAGCAUUAGUAACACUGAGGGCAUUACACAGGAACGCUCUACUAAAAGUGUACCUAUGCAGCAUCUGGAAGGAAACUGGCUUCAACAUUGGAAGAAUCAGUUGGGUUUCAUUGUGCAAUCUCCGUUUAGUUGUGAUCAGUUGAAGCUACAAGCAUACAGUGGACAUGCUGGCUGUAUUCGUUCUUUGUGUGUGGUUGAGGGAUGUGGGAUAUUUCUCUCAGGUAGUAGGGAUCGAACAGUUCGGUUGUGGAACUUGCGCAGUCAAGGAAAUGGUUCAGCUGAGGUCAAGAGUCAACUCACAUACCGUCGUCACCAAAAAACCGUUUUUGCAGUGGAAUAUUUAGAGAGAACAAGCUCAGUUAUCUCUUGCAGUGGAUCCAUUCAUAUUUGGAAUCCAGACACUUCACAGUGUCUGAAAAGACUGGUGUCAACUGGAGGCUCUGCUUCAGCUAUGAGCUGCUUACCACCACCGCAUUCAACUGCCGUUGUUGCAACAGUAGCUGGGUCGUUGAGAUUUGUUGAUGUUCGGAUUGGAAGUUUGAUGCAUGACUGGAGAAUCUCUUCAGCAGGCAUUCCUAAAAGCACAUGUGUUGAUCAAGCUGGUCACUAUGUCUUAGUUGGAUUAUCGUCUGGUGUUGUAACAUUGUUGGAUGUUAGAACUGGACUGAGUGUGAAGACAUGGAAACCUCAUGACGCAGAGAUAGUGAAAAUACGAGCUAUUGCAGACAGGUUUGUUGUUGCUUCACAGGAUGGACGAUUGAGUAUGUGGAAGAGCAGUAAUGGCUCACUGGUGUCAUUUCUGAAAGGGCACACAGAGGGAGUGUUUGAUUGUCAACUAUUUCGCGAUGAUGUUAUUUCAGUGACAUCUAGCAAGCUGGGAAUACAUGCAACACACAACAGAGAGUCAACAUUUACUUCACAUCGGAUCAGGCCAGACAUAGUAAAGACCAGUAUGAGCACCCUGGACUUGGUACCCUUGAGUCGUGAGCUGAUUGUAGGAACAGAUAGUGGUCAGAUAUACUUGCUAGCCUAGCAUUUAUACUACUGUACUAACAUAUUAUAUGGUAAUAUUUGUAUUGCAAUUUGAUAUUUGUGAUGUGAUUGCUUGUAUUUGAUGUGUACAUAUAAAUUGAUCUUUACAGUAUUGAGUCAU